AUGGCGCCGCGCCGUGAGAUGAUGCAGCUCAUCGCCUCCCUCCUCUUCGCCGCGCUCGCCAUGCAUGAGACGCCGGACGACAGCCGGAACAACCAGGAGAACCACAACCUGGUUGACUUGACGAGCUCGAACCGCCCAUGGACACCCUCAGAAAUUGCGGCGGUGACUGCUGAGGCAUGGCAGGAUGAGCCCUGGACGACUUCGACUGUGGAACCCGCCUCGGCAUGGAACUACUCCUGGCCCCACCACACGACCGCCGGGACCGAGAACGUCCAUCCGACCGCCUUGUACUACGCCGGGGUCUUCAUCAGUACCGAUGGGAGGAGGAAGCAAUGGGGUGACUUUUGGGACUACUUCUUCGGCUUUGACUUCAGCGUCCACCUCGUCUUCUCCCUCCCCGUCAUGCUGCCCUACACCAUGGCCGUGUUCUUCGAGUUCCUCUUCUGCUCCGCCACCAAGCUCCACCUCGUCCUCUCCCUGGUCUCCCCCGUGGGUGAAGUCUGUCUGGGGCUCCAAGAGGAGGAGAUCAGUCUUCUCUUGGCUGAGAACAGCGGAUUACAGACUUUGGCGCCCAUUCCCGAGGAACUCCCCCUGCCCUUCGGCACCGAGCUGGCAACCGCCGUGAUUAAUGCGCCGGAGGACGCCAUCCAGAACCCGCCAGGCAAGGAUUGGUGGCUGGCAAUCUUAGACAACCGUCCUCUUCGUCGCCGCGCUCGUCCCGAGACCAAUAUGGUAGACGUGGGAGGACGUGACCCAGCCACAUUUACCACGCCCACUUGUAAUGUCGGGGAUGAAAAUUGUAGGGCCUUCCUCUUCUUCGGCCUCCUCCUCUACAAGCCCGCCGUUCGUGAUCACUGGAACGUCGACUACGUUCGCUCCGACCCCCUCGCUGGUGCCUACAAUUCGACAACGGCAGGUGGAUCCUCGGCCGAUGGCGAAAUCACAGACUCGGUGGACAACGGCACCAGAUCUGGACCUCAAAGAACCCUUCGCAAACAGGCACGCAUGAACGCCUAUUGGUCGGGAAACUGGAAGCCUGCCUGGCUGGAAAGGUACAUUGCUGAAAAGACUCUGCGAGAUGCUGGCACUGCUGGGACAGCCAUUCCAGAAAGUUCCCCCAAGGAGGAAGUGAGUCUGGAACCUGUGGACAACUCCACUCUCGUCAAUGCGGGAGACAUGCCGACUGAGGCCACUGACCCGGACCCGUGGUCAGGACAGUGGAAUGGACAGGAAACUUGGUGGGGCUGGCAAGAGUGGGACUGGUCGACUUCUUCCUGGAGCCCUUCUUCGUCUUCCUGGGCAUGGUCGGGCUCUUCUUCAACCUCGUCGACCACCUCACUUGCCCCUGACGGCGGACUUACUGAUCGGGAGACGAUGCUUCCGAAUGCUGGCCUGUACCCCAAUGUCAGCCCCUUCAUCCCGGAGGAGGGUGACGUUUCCUGGAUGAUGCAGAUGUCGAGCGAGCUAUGUUACAAGAACAAGGCGUACCACGACAACAAAUUGAUCGCCUUGAUGACCUGCUCCGGCAGCUCGACCAGCGCAACACCGCGGAGCUUGGUCCGGAAUCACGCUGGGCACUUGGUCGGAUCACCCAGCGCCUGGAGGAAGGAAUGCAAAGCCUUGAAAGUAUUCUGGAGGUGUUCGCCCGCAGACUACAACCGCGUGGUACCCCUACAGCCCUCUGAGCUUCAGCCGGUGGCGGACAACCUGGUCAACGUGGUGGCGAUUGGAGGGCCGAGAGAGAUGCCAGCAUCGUCCUCAGGAGAUACUCGAGGGCCGAGGUCCCAUGAGUCCGCGCAAGCGGCCUCGAGCUCUAGUUCUGAGGAAGGAGCCAGCAACUAUGCGCGCAGCGAUAUUGCGUACGACGACAACGGCAACCUGGUAGAUGUGUCUCCGUGCUCCUCAGGUCCAGCGAGCACUAGCAGGGGAACAACUGGGAAUUUGGAGUGCGCUGGACUGCUUGUCGACAUCGGCCUCUUCGGCUCCUCCCUGUCCUUCUCCUCCCUCGACAUCGUCCUGUACUUUGUCUUCGCUGGGGUGUCUGUCUUCCUCGACUACAACAACUUUGACGUUGUCCGUGACGCGGUUAAUAGGCAGAUGAUGCUGGGCAGUCAAGCUGACAUCUUGGAAGUCCUUCACCGCCUGCUGGCAAGACAACGGCGACUGCAGCGUUACCACCACCUUUUGGGGGUCGCGAUUGAGGAAACCUUACCAUGGCUUGCGUCGCUCCCGAGAGCACCGUUGCUGAACUCCCCUACCAUGGAGGCCGCCAUAUGGGAGAGCAUAGCGAGUGAGGCUGGACAACCAGGUGGUUCUGGCAACGUAGAGGCCAAUACGGAGGUCAACAACCUUGUGGUACUUCUACGCCCUGGCCUUCCCACGACGCUGGAGGAGUUGUGGGGCUCUCUGCCACAAUUGGAACGACAUACUGUCGUUGGGCUGCGACGUCGCCUCUGGAGAGAAAAUGCUCGCUUGAUCCAUGCGAGGGAGCAUGGGGUGGUACCAGAAGGUCGAUGGCCUUCAGAGGAGGACGAGGACCUCUACAUCGUCCAAACCAAUGCCUCGGCUGAGCUGCAAGUCCCUGAGAGCUGUACAAGGCCAAGCACGCUACCCCGACGUGAAGAGUGGCAUUCCCGUCGACGACAGCACGUUCCAAGGCCAAGUCCUCUUUUACGAGAUGCUCGGCAAGCUCGACAAGCUGGAUCUGGUGGCGCGUCGUCUUUGAUGAAUUCCAUGUACCCGCCUCAGUCUGUGGACAUGACGGAGGUUGAUGCCACCAUGGAAGACAUCGAUGCCGUGUUUGGGACAGAUGAGGCGCUCUCAUCUGCUGCUGGAGUCGGUGCUGGUGGUGUUGGUCAUGCUGUUGAAGAUGAUGAAGAUCGGCCUGAGAGUUCCGGUUCGGUAGAGCUAGACAGUGAUCCUGAUGAUCAUGAGCCUGCUUCGGGCACUGAGUGA